CUGGCUGAGGGGCCGGGCGAGCUACAAGUGCAGCGAUCGCUCCCCCGGGGCUCGCAGCCAGCGCUGCGCUGCGCGGCGUGGCUAGCCGCCGCCUGCCCCCACCCCUCGGCCCUGAGUGGCUGCCGGCUGCCCAAUGAGCGGCCGGAGGCGGCCGAGCUGCUGACAGCGGCGCCCCUGCCCAUUCCGCGGGAGGAGGCGGGCUGGAUUCGGGGAGCAGGGGGUUUGUUUGGGGUGGGUUUUUUCCCCCUCCGAGUGGCCGGGCGCGCUGCAGGGAGAGGAGCGGCCCCACUCUCCCGAUCGCUACGGAUGCACCGAAGGCGGGCGGCACCGUUGCGCUGAGCUCCCGGGCUGCACGGGAGGAGACCCGCCGCUCCCCAGUGCGGGGGCAGCCGCCCGCACGCUCCCUCCGGCCGGGGGAAAGAGCCGACGGCGGAGCCUCGUCCGGCCCAGCGCCCCGGCCCCAGGAUGUACACGGCCGGCCUGGCCCCUUUCUACGCCUCGAACUUCAGCCUGUGGUCCGCGGCGUAUUGCUCCGCGUCCGGGCCGGCCGCGGGCGGCUGCUUCCCGCUGGAUCACGCCGUGGUGAAGAAGCCUUCCUUCUGCAUCGCAGACAUCCUGCACGCCGGGGCGGGGGAGGUGGCGGCGGCCGAGAGCCUGCCCGGAGCGUCUGCCGCCGGCCUGGCCGCUCACUUGGGAGCGGUCCAUCCCCACGCUCCGUUCCACCCCGCCGGCUCCCCGCUCAGACCCACCCCGGUGGUGGCCCCGGACACCCCCGCCGGCUUCCCAGCUAGGCUCUCCCCGCUCUCUGCCGCGUACCCUCACCACCACCACCACCAGCACCGAUCGCCGGGAGCCGCCAGCAGCGGCGGCGGCACCCCCACCCCGGGCCGGCUGCAUGGGAACCCAACGCACAACGGCCCGGCGCCGGCUCCUUCCAGCAAAGAUCUGAAAUUUGGGAUUGAUCGCAUUUUAUCCGCGGAGUUUGACCCCAAAGUCAAGGAAAGCAACACGCUAAGAGAUCUGACCUCCUUAUUAACUACAAGCCGCCAAACUGGGGUUCAUCUCCCCACCUUGCAGCCUUCAGCCGGCCAGUUCUUCGCGUCUCUAGAUCCCAUUAACGAGGCCUCUACUAUUCUGGGUCCCUUAAACACAAACUCAAGGAAUUCAGUUCAGCACCAGUUUCAAGACACUUUUCCAGGUCCUUAUGCAGUUUUAACUAAAGACACAUUGCCUCAAACGUACAAAAGAAAACGUUCCUGGUCCAGAGCUGUGUUUUCCAAUCUACAGAGGAAAGGUUUAGAGAAAAGAUUUGAAAUUCAGAAAUAUGUCACGAAACCGGACAGAAAACAACUUGCAGCGAUGCUGGGACUGACUGAUGCCCAAGUGAAGGUCUGGUUCCAGAACAGGCGCAUGAAAUGGAGACACUCCAAGGAAGCCCAGGCCCAGAAGGAGAAGGAGAAAGAACCUGCCGAGAAGCCCGGCUCGCUCCCCGCGGCCGAGGGGGAGCGUGAGCAGAGCCCCAGCCGCUCGGAAGCGGAAAGCGAGAGCAGCGACUCGGAGUCUCUGGAUAUGACCCCCAGUGACACGGAACGGACUGAGGGCGCCGAUCCGGCCCUGCACCAAACCAGUGUCAUCAAGUCCUCAGGCAGCCCGGACCUGCCUGCAGCACCGCCCCCGCCAGCCGGCUCCGAGAGCCCCGAGCCGCCGCCUGCGCAGCUGGGCGGCCUAUAGAGAGGGAGCAGGAGGAGCACCCGGCUUUGCGGAGCCCAGAGACUCGCUGUACAGGACCAUUGCUAAUUUAUAUUAUUGACUCCCAGCUGCCGGAGAAGCCCCAGGCCGGGCAGCCCCCAGGCCCUCCCCUGCAGAAAAUCCCCGAGAUCAACGGGAUACGGAGGGAGGGGAGCUGCCCGGCUGUGUGGUGGGACGAUCCUGAAGCGCCUACCCCUUGUGUUGUACAUACUAGGGCGAGCUAGACAACCCACGGCAGAGCAGCCCUCGCUUAGAAAGCUGUAGCGACUUUCCGUGUGGUUCGGCUCGCGGCCCUGACCAGCUCUGCGGGAGGAGCUUUUCCUGUCUAAGCCAAGCGAGGGACUCGGAGACUGCUCUGUACCCCCCUCCCCCCACUGCCACCUUUCAACCUCGCCAUCAAACAAUUUACAAUGUGAAUAUGUUACCAACGCACUCCUCAUCCAUUGCCAUGUGUUGCUUUGUAUAAUCCGGCCAAGAAAUACUGCACUGAGAACAAAAAAAAUACUGUAAAUAAAAUGUUUGCUAUGGUUUGUAA